AGGACUCGGAGAGUCGAAGAUGUCUUUUGCUACGCAUACCAAGAAGCGCAAGCGAGCAGAAUCCACAGGCGAGACCCUGAACAUCAACAUAUCUCAGCCAGCCGCAGACGCCAGCACCAUUGGGCCAACACUCGCCUGCUUCCCAUCCCUCAUACCCCCCGGAUCGACCCCAUUCAGAUCAUGGAAUGUGAAGAAGCCGAAGGUGUCGAAGGGGGACGACGCCGAUCGCCUUUUCAUCGGAGGGGAGACGGACAAGGUCGAGUUCACUACGAACAUGGAGGAGACAGAAAAGGCGUCGGAGGCAGGAUGCAGAUACCUCGUCGCCAUCCACAAUCCCAGGACAUCAUCACUAACCGUAUACCCAACUCCCCUCACUCCGCAAAUCCUGAGCCACACCGUCAAGGCACUUAAGUCUAUUCCCCCUGCCCCCGCACCCACUGCGCGCGCCUUCCGUGAAGCUCGCAACAACCUAGGCGAGACGUUUGGCACGAAGAAGGCCAAGGCCGCGAUCCGCGCGCAGGAGCGCAAUAAAGUCGACGUCGGCGCGAUGGAGGGCGUGAUGGGUCAUGUCAUGGAGGGCAUCGACAAGGGGGCCGAAAACUUGCUCACAAAGGAAGAGGCAAAGGAGGCCGCGGACGCGAACCGGCUGGUGCCGCCGUACGACGCCGCGACGGACGACCCGAUGGACGUGUACCCGCUACACGGCGUCAUCCCGGAGCCCGAGUGGAAGGCGCUGUCGGUGAGCGCGUUCGAGCAGGCGGCGGGCUUCGCAGAGCGGCGCGCGCUGCUCCCCGCGUGGCGCUCCGAGUGGCUGCAGCACCACCUGCGGCGCGCGUUCGAGGACAAGGAGCUGUCGAGCAAGGCGCGGCGGCGCGUGCUCAAGAUCGUGUUCUACGUGUCCGCGAUGAUGGCCUUCCGCCGGCUGCUCUCAGGGCGCGGCGUGGCGAAGGAGGAGCUGCACACCAAGAUGCCGGGCGUGCCCGCGGUGGUUGUGGAUGGGCUCGCGGCGCGGUUCACGGAGAGCGCGCGGGACGCAGGUCCUGGGGACCCCAAGCUGCAGGCAACGAGUGCAAUGCAGACGAAGUUGCUCACGCACAUGUUCGCUUUGUGUCUGCGCGUGGACAACUGCGCCACAGACAGCGCGCAGCUUGCGACAGACCUGCAGAUGGCGCAGGCGCAGGUCAAUGGUCUUUUCAAGACGAUGGGAUGCAAGAUUGGGAAGAUGACGGAGCGGGACCGCGCGCGCCUGGGCGUCGCCGACGACAAGAAGCGGGCGGUUCUGUCAGCGCCGGUCGAGUUCCCAAAACCAAAAACUCGGAAGGCUGGGCGUGGAUAAAUAUAGUGUUACGUUCGUUCAGUUAUAUGUAUGCCUCCAUCCAGUCCUUUGCUUCCCAAGUCUCCG